AUGAAGUCGGCUGUUUUUGGCAGGGCUGGAGCUCAGAGCCUCCGCUCGGUGAGCAAGACGUCCCAACGGAUGAGUAUGGGCACUCUCGCCACCUUCAAGACACCCAAGGUGGCCAACGAGCCAAAUCAUCACUACGCCAAAGGCAGUGCUCAGCGCCAGGGCUUGACUGCGGCGAUUGAGAGCUUCCAGAAAAAGGUCCCCAUUGAGGUUCCCGUCGUUGUUGGUGGCAAAGAGAUCAAGACUUCUGCCGUCUCCCACCAGCUCAACCCGUCCGACCACGCCAGCAAGGUCGCCAACUAUCACACUGCCACGACGGCCGACGUCAACAAGGCCAUUGAAGCUGCUCUGGCUGCCAAGCCCGCGUGGGAGGCUCUCCCCUUCUCCGACCGUGCCGCCGUCUUCCUCAAGGCCGCCGACCUCAUUGCCAACAAGUAUCGCUAUGAGAUCAUGGCCGCCACCGUGCUCGGCCAGGGCAAGAAUGCGUGGCAGGCCGAGAUUGACGCUGCCGCCGAGCUGGCAGACUUUUUCCGCUUCAACGUCCACUAUGCCCAGGAGCUCCUCACUCAGCAACCGGAGCACAACUCUCCCGGCCUGUGGAACCGCCUCGAGUACCGUCCUCUCGAGGGUUUCGUCUACGCCGUGAGCCCCUUCAACUUUACAGCUAUUGCAGGCAACCUGCCCGGUGCCCCGGCCUUGAUGGGCAACGUCGUCGUCUGGAAGCCCAGUGACUUUGCCAUUGCCUCCAACUGGCUGGUCUACCAGAUCCUCCUCGAGGCUGGCCUGCCCAAGGACGUCAUCCAGUUCGUCCCCGGUAACCCGGUCGAGAUUACCAAGACGGUCCUUGCCCACAAGGAGUUCACCGGUCUUCACUACACUGGCAGCACAGCCGUCUUCCGCCAGCUGUACGGCGCCAUUGGUCAGGGCGUUGCCGAGGGCCGCUACCGAUCGUACCCCCGAAUUGUUGGCGAGACGGGCGGCAAGAACUUCCACUUGAUUCACCCUUCGGCCGACAUUGACAAUGCCGUCAUGCACACCAUCCGCGGUGCCUUUGAGUUCCAGGGCCAAAAGUGCAGCGCCACGUCUCGCCUCUACGUCCCCAAGUCCAUCUGGCCCGAGUUCAAGCAGAAGCUCGCCGCCGAGGUUGACAAGCUCAACGUUGGCGAGCCCUGGAACCACACCAACUUUUGCGGCCCUGUCAUCCACGCGGCUUCCUUCAAGAAGCUGUCUGGUGCCAUUGACGAGGCCAAGACCGACAAGGAGAUCCAACUCGUCGCCGGCGGCAAGUAUGACUCGUCCAAGGGCUACUUUGUCCACCCAACCGUUUUCCAGACCACCAACCCUGCGCACAAGUUCCUGUCUACCGAGUUCUUUGGCCCCAUCCUGACCACCUACGUGUAUGACGAUGCCGCUCCCGACGCCUUUGGCAAGGCCUGUGAGCUUGUCGACUCGACCUCCGAGUACGGUCUUACGGGUGCUGUCUUUGCAAGCGACCGCGAGGCCAUCCGCUUCGCCGAGGACAAGCUGCGCAACGCCGCCGGCAACUUUUACAUCAACUGCAAGAGCACUGGUGCCGUUGUUGGCCAGCAGGCCUUUGGUGGUGCCCGCGCAUCCGGUACCGACGACAAGGCCGGCAGCUCCAACUUGCUCACCCGAUUUGUCAACAUUCGCGCUCUCAAGGAAGAGUUUAACGCAACCACAAAGGUUCCCUAUCCCAGCAAUGAGGCGUAA